AUGUUCGGGCUUGCUACUCGCAUGCUCCUGCUGUCAGUUGCCGGCGGCACAACGUACUGGACAGUUGACGAUGCAGUCGAGAAGAAGGCCGCAGACAUCAAGACCUUGCAGGCACUGGAUCCUGAGCUCGAGGAGAUCAGCAAAUCCUCGAGCGUCGCCGACGAGCAUCUCAAAGGGAACCAAUCGAUUUUAGAGAUGGUCCAAAGCGAUCUCGACGAAGUCAAGAAAGCAAACCAAAAGUCACUCAUCCAUUUGAAGGAGCAGAAUGCGAAUGUAGAGCAGGCGAUCAAGGAAAUUGACGCUGUGAAAGAGAAGUUGCAGAAGAGCGUUGCGAAGGCCCGGGAGGCUUCCGCGCACGAGAAGAAAGCCAAGAAAGAUCUCGAAGCUUCGGAACGGGCUGCCAACGCCAGGACAGCCGAGAUGCAGAAGGCAAGCGAAGCUUACGCGAAUGCGGAGGCUCAUCUCGAAGCCGUUAUUACGGGGGAAGACCCUAACGAGAUCCCGUCAGCGUACGACGACAAGAAGGACAAGAAGAAGAGGCUCGAAGCUGCGCAGGCUGAACUAAAAGAAGCAGAGAAAAGCAAGGCUGACAACUCAAAGGCUGUGAGCGAGGCAGUGACACAGAUGGAGAAACGGAGGUUCGAGCAGCAGGUUGAGCAGAAGGCUUUCGAUGAUGCCAGUGCCUCGCUUAGACACGCAGAGAAGGCGCGGAAGAAGCUGAGUGACAACAGCCGUCCCGAACAGCUCAAUGUCCAGUCUCUGUCACAGGCGUUGGAGGUCCUCAAAAGAUCAGUCGAUCACCUGACGUCCGAAAGCAACGAACUGAAGAGGAUCCUUAGGCAGAAGCAGCGCCAGCACGACGCGCUCCAGAGAACGAUCACGGACGACUCUCACUGCAUCGAGAGCCUCCGGAGUGCUCAAGGGCAGGUGCAACAUGCGGCGAACGUCUACAACGCCACAAGCCACGCUUACUCCGUGUCGCAAAGCGACGAUCUCCUCGAAGCGGUCUGGGGGGCCAAGGACGAGCUGGACAAGUUCAGGUAUGACCUUUACGUGACACAGAAGAAGUGCGCACCAGAUACGUUUCACCUUCCAGACAUGGCUCCGCCCCCCUCGUGCGAGAAGGAAACCGGCGGGACCUGCAAGCUCCUUUGGUGCGAUGCUAGUCGGAAUGCGUACUGUGAGCAGGCCACUUCGUCCUGUCGGUGCCCGCCAGCCACCUGCGCGAGCGGCGGAGAGUGCAGGCCGCGCGGUUCACCACCCCUCGCGACAUUGCCACCUACUGCGGUAUUUGCGGAGGCCGCGGUGCCUGAGUCAGCCAGUGGCAGCCCGAAGAUACUCAUCGUGGUCCUUGCUGUGCUGAUUGGGGUGGCCGCCGCCGCAAGGCAAAAGCGGAGCGGCUCCAGGAAAGUCAUCUUGUCGGAGAGGCUACUCCAGUGA